GUUUAUGUACUGGACUGAAUGGGGUGGUAAGCCAAAGAUUGAUCGAGCUGCUAUGGAUGGCAGUGAGCGGACUACGUUGGUACCCAAUGUGGGACGUGCUAAUGGCCUAACUAUUGAUUAUGCUAAAAGACGGCUGUACUGGACCGACCUCGAUACCAACCUGAUAGAAUCCUCCAACAUGCUAGGCCUUGACCGUGAGAUUAUAGCUGAUGAUUUGCCUCACCCAUUUGGCUUGACUCAGUAUCAGGAUUACAUUUACUGGACAGACUGGAGCCGGCGCAGCAUUGAACGAGCCAACAAGACCAGUGGCCAGAACCGGACUAUCAUCCAAGGGCAUUUGGAUUACGUUAUGGACAUCUUGGUCUUCCAUUCCUCCAGGCAGGCAGGCUGGAAUGAAUGUGCCUCUAGCAACGGUCACUGCUCUCACCUGUGCUUGGCAGUCCCUGUCAGUGGCUUUGUCUGUGGCUGCCCAGCUCACUAUUCCUUGAACUCUGACAACAGGACUUGUAGUGCUCCUACAACCUUCCUGUUGUUCAGUCAGAAGAAUGCAAUUAAUCGCAUGGUGAUAGAUGAACAGCAGAGUCCAGAUAUCAUACUCCCUAUCCAUAGUCUCAGGAAUGUUCGAGCCAUUGAUUAUGACCCCCUGGAUAAGCAGCUGUACUGGAUUGAUUCUCGGCAGAACAUCAUCCGGAAGGCACAGGAAGAUGGCAGCCAGAGCCUCACUGUUGUGACAAGUCCAGUCCCCAAUCAGAACCUAGAUAUGCAGCCGUAUGAUCUGAGCAUUGACAUCUACAGUCGCUAUAUCUACUGGACCUGCGAAGCUACUAAUGUGAUCAAUGUGACACGCCUGGAUGGGAAACCCAUGGGAGUAGUGCUCAAAGGAGAUCAAGAUAAGCCCAGAGCCAUUGUGGUGAACCCAGAGAAAGGAUACGUGUAUUUCACCAACCUACAGGAAAGGUCUCCUAAAAUUGAGCGAGCAGCAUUGGAUGGAACAGAAAGAGAGGUCCUUUUCUUCAGUGGUUUGAGCAAGCCUAUAGCCUUAGCUAUUGACAGCCAGCUAGGCAAGUUGUUCUGGGCUGAUUCAGACCUGCGAAGAAUUGAAAGCAGUGACCUUUCNGGUGCUAACCGGAUUGUUUUGGAAGACUCUAAUAUCUUGCAGCCUGUGGGACUAACUGUAUUUGAAAACUCGCUGUAUUGGAUUGACAAGCAACAGCAGAUGAUUGAAAAGAUUGAUAUGACUGGUCGAGAAGGACGUACAAAGGUCCAAGCUCGUAUUGCACAACUCAGUGACAUCCAUGCUGUAAAAGAGCUCAACAUUCAGGAAUACAGACAACAUCCUUGUUCUCAAGAUAAUGGUGGCUGCUCGCACAUUUGCAUCGUGAAGGGUGAUGGCACCACGCGCUGCUCUUGCCCAGUCCACCUUGUUCUGCUGCAGGAUGAGCUGUCCUGUGGAGAACCACCAACAUGCUCCCCUCAGCAGUUCACCUGUUUCACAGGUGAGAUUGACUGCAUCCCAGUGGCCUGGCGCUGUGAUGGUUUCACUGAAUGUGAAGACCACAGUGAUGAAAAGAACUGCCCAGUGUGUUCAGACACCCAGUUCCAGUGUGAAAGUGGACAGUGCAUAGACAGUGCCCUCCGGUGCAAUGGAGAAGCAAAUUGCCAGGACAACUCAGAUGAGAAGAACUGCGAAGUGCUUUGUUUAACUGAUCAGUUCCGCUGUGCCAGUGGGCAGUGCAUCGGCAAAAGCAAGAAAUGUGAUCACAACCUGGACUGCAGUGACAGCUCAGAUGAGCAAGGAUGCUACACAACGGAGGAGCCCGCACCACAGCCCAACAACACAAUAGGCUCCAUCAUUGGUGUGAUCCUUACAGUUUUUGUGGUUGGAGCAAUGUACUUCAUUUGCCAGAGGGUGUUGUGCCCACGCAUGAAGGGAGAUGUAGAAACAAUGACCAAUGAUUACGUGGUGCAUGGACCAGCCUCUGUACCUCUUGGUUAUGUGCCUCACCCAAGCUCUUUGUCAGGGUCUCUUCCUGGGAUGUCUCGAGGUAAAUCUGUGAUCAGCUCCCUCAGCAUUAUGGGAGGGAGCAGUGGGCCACCCUAUGACAGGGCCCAUGUCACUGGAGCCUCUUCCAGUAGUUCUUCAAGUACCAAAGGCACUUACUUUCCUCCAAUUUUGAACCCACCACCAUCACCAGCUACCGAACGUUCACAUUAUACCAUGGAAUUCGGGUAUUCUUCAAACAGCCCAUCCACUCACAGAUCCUACAGCUACAGGCCUUACAGCUACCGUCACUUUGCACCUCCCACCACGCCCUGCAGCACGGAUGUCUGUGACAGUGACUAUGCCCCCAGCCGAAGGGUCACAGCAGCGACGGCCAAGGGCUAUACCAGUGACUUGAACUAUGACUCGGAGCCCGUCCCCCCGCCACCCACCCCGCGCAGCCAGUACCUGUCGGCGGAGGAGAACUACGAGAGCUGCCCACCUUCCCCGUACACGGAGCGGAGCUACUCCCACCACCUCUACCCGCCACCGCCGUCCCCCUGCACGGACUCCUCAUGAGGGGGAGCCCCCCCACCCCAUCAUCCGCCUCCGCUGUGAAAGUGUAAAUACAAAGCGUUCCACUGGGGAGGGGGGAGGGAGCUCUCGGCGAAGGAUGAGGGAGGACAGUGUACAGUUAAAUGUUAUUAAAUGGGGUGGAGGAAUACUGAAGAUAUUUGUACAGAAGAAUUAAAGAAAAAAAAGGAUAUUUAUAUAUUUUCUUAAACAGCAACUGCUGCUUGUGCCAUAAGAAGAAAAAUUUUUGUAUAAAAGAACCCAGACAUUUGUACAAAAAGGUUUUAUUUUUGCAAAUGGAACACAAAAACAUGCCUUAAUCCAGUGAAGUGACUGAGCACAUAAGGAAAUGGAAGGACCGGGAUGUGUUACUUGUCCAGCGAGGUGAUACGUGGGGUUUGUCAAUACCAAAAAUGUUUAAAUUAAUUAAGAAUAAAAAUGUCCGUCUCAGAGCAGCAUACCAUAGAUACUUGGAAGUAGCCAAAUAACCUCUUUGUUAACUACAGAGGGCCAGCAACUAAAGUUAAACUUGAAAACACAGUCAGGACAGAUAUUAACCUUACACAAAGGGCUUUGUUUUCUACAGAAAUACAGCAAUCGUAGCAGUGAAUCCAGAAAAAUAAUCACAUGGUUUUCUAAAUUAAUACGCCUCUGUUUUUCCUUAAUGCA